AAAGGCCACAGGCGGAGGCUGGCCGCAGUUUGGAGUCCAGUGGGGACACAAGGGGGUGAUGUCUCGGCACACAGGCCCCCUGUGGGCUGUGCUGGCAGCGCUGGUGCUGCCACGGGCUGGGGCCAUCGAGGAGGAGCCGAGUGGUGCCAGCCAGGGCUUCCAGAUUGUCACCUUCAAGUGGCACCACGUCCAGGACCCAUACAUCAUCAUGCUCUGGAUCCUCGUGGCCAGCUUGGCCAAAAUCGUGUUCCACCUGUCCCACAAGGUCACCCGCAUCGUGCCUGAGAGUGCGCUGCUCAUCAUGCUGGGCCUGGUGCUAGGGGGCAUCGUCUGGGCAGCCGACCACAUUGCCUCCUUCACGCUGACGCCCACGGUCUUCUUCUACUACCUGCUGCCCCCCAUCGUGCUGGACGCCGGCUACUUCAUGCCCAACCGGCUCUUCUUCGGCAACCUGGGCACCAUCCUCCUGUAUGCGGUCAUUGGCACCGUGUGGAACGCAGCCACCACGGGCCUGUCGCUUUACGGGGUCUUCUGCAGUGGCCUGAUGGGCGACCUGCAGUCCGGGCUCCUGGACUUCCUGCUGUUCGGCAGCCUCAUUGCCGCGGUGGACCCAGUGGCCGUGCUGGCGGUGUUCGAGGAGGUCCAUGUCAAUGAGGUCCUAUUCAUCAUUGUCUUUGGGGAGUCGCUGCUGAACGAUGCCGUGACCGUGGUCCUGUACAGUGUGUUUGAGUCUUUCGUGACACUAGGUGGUGACAAGGUGACAGGUGUGGACUGCGUGAAGGGCAUUGUGUCCUUCUUCGUAGUGAGCCUGGGGGGCACGCUGGUGGGCGUGGUCUUCGCCUUCCUGCUGUCCCUGGUGACACGCUUCACCAAGCACGUGCGCAUCAUCGAGCCCGGCUUCGUCUUCGUCAUCUCCUACCUGUCCUACCUCACGUCCGAGAUGCUGUCCCUGUCGGCCAUCCUAGCAAUCACCUUUUGUGGCAUCUGCUGCCAGAAGUAUGUGAAGGCCAACAUCUCAGAGCAGUCGGCCACCACGGUGCGCUACACCAUGAAGAUGCUAGCCAGCGGGGCAGAGACCAUCAUCUUCAUGUUCCUGGGCAUCUCCGCUGUGGACCCCCUCAUCUGGACCUGGAACACGGCCUUUGUGCUGCUCACGCUGCUGUUCAUCUCAGUGUACCGGACCAUCGGUGUCAUCCUGCAGACCUGGAUCCUGAACCGGUACCGCAUGGUGCAGCUGGAGCCCAUCGACCAGGUGGUGAUGUGCUACGGUGGCCUGAGAGGGGCUGUGGCCUAUGCCCUGGUUGUGCUUCUAGACAAGAAGAAAGUCAAGGAGAAGAACCUGUUUGUCAGCACCACGCUGAUCGUGGUCUUCUUCACGGUCAUCUUCCAGGGCCUGACCAUCAAGCCCCUGGUACAGUGGCUGAAGGUGAAGAGGAGCGAGCAGAAGGAGCCCAAACUCAACGAGAAGCUGCAUGGCCGGGCUUUCGACCACAUCCUCUCAGCCAUAGAGGACAUCUCAGGACAGAUCGGACACAAUUACCUCAGAGAUAAGUGGUCCAACUUUGACAGGAAGGUCCUCAGCAAGGUCCUCAUGAGAAGGUCAGCCCAAAAGUCUCGAGAUCGGAUUCUGAAUGUUUUCCACGAGCUGAACCUGAAGGAUGCAAUUAGCUAUGUGGCUGAGGGAGAGCGCCGUGGGUCCCUGGCCUUCAUCCGCUCCCCGAGCACUGACAACAUGGUCAAUGUGGACUUCAGCACACCACGGCCAUCCACUGUGGAGGCCUCAGUCUCCUACCUCCUGAGGGAGAACGUGAGUGCUGUGUGCCUGGACAUGCAGUCCCUGGAGCAGCGUCGAAGGAGCAUCCGUGACACAGAGGACAUGGUCACCCACCACACGCUGCAGCAGUACCUGUACAAGCCGAGGCAGGAGUACAAGCACAUCUACAGCCGGCACAAGCUGACACCUAACGAGGCUGAGAAGCAGGACAAGGAGAUCUUCCACAGGACCAUGCGCAAGCGCCUGGAGUCCUUUAAGUCGGCUAAGCUGGGCAUGAACCAGAACAAGAAGGCAGCCAAGCUGUACAAGAGGGAGCGUGCACAGAAGCGGAGGAACAGCAGCAUCCCCAAUGGGAAGCUGCCCAUGGAGAGCCUGGCGCACAACUUCGCCAUCAAGGAGAAAGAGUUUGAACUUUUGGAUGCCGAGGAGGCCCCAGACUAUGAAGUUGAGGAGACCAGUGGGGGCAUCGAGUUUCUGGCCAACGUCACAAAGGACACAGCCUCAGACUCCCCAGCAGGUGACACCGGCUCCGACACGCCACUGACCAGACCCUCGUCCCCGCGCCGGGGCCCGCCCGCUGUCCUGCAGCCCCCGCACCCAGCGAUGUCACCACCCGCGAGCCCCGCCCAGUCCUCCCGCAUGCCGGGGCCAGGGGCGCAUGCGCGAUCGGCGGCGGCGCGGCGCGUGCACAGCCGGCGCUCGUUUCAGCGGCCGCGUGCGCGCCGCCGCCCAGAACUGCGCAAAUUGGCGUCGCUGCAGCCGCCCGGCCCAGCCGAGCUGCCGCCGCUGGCGCUAGAGCAGGAAGAGACGCCGCUGUGAUCUGGAGGCCGUGCCAGGCGGAGCCAUACCGACUGGGGACCCGGCGGCCAGGCGGACCAGGCUCCCGUCCCUGUCGGGCCACCGGGUCGCUAGCUUGUCCGGAGCCAUCCGUCCUUGCGCACCUUUCGGUCUCGAGCGGUGGCCCGCGAGGCGGGGACAUGGGCUCCGAGACACAUCUGGCCCGUCACUACCAUUGCUGGUUCUGUGAUGCCCGUCGGCCUCUGGCUGGUGGCAUCUGUUGCGUUGGUAUCUCAGCUCCGACGGCCCAGCCUCGUCGUCCCUUGUCCGGGCCCUGGGCUUGCUCUCUGCAGACAAGGUCUCGACCGAGCUGACCCUACUGGCGUCGAGGGCCGACAGCUAGGCUGGACCACGGCUAGAGAGAGAUCCCGAGGCAGCCUUGUCGGGAGCCACUGUGGGCUGCCCUGGGCCACCAUGAUCCCCACGGGGAAGGCCCAGGGCGGGGAGGAACCUGGGGCCUGAGCCUCCAAGGAGAGCAUGGCCAAGCGACCUGUGCUUGUCCUGGACCUCCUCCCACUGUGCCCGGGACUCAGGCAUGUGGCUUGGACAGCCCUACCGCUAGAGCUGUGAAAGGUGGGUCACCCCCAAGCCUCAAAACCCACGCUGAAGGUUGCCAAGGCAGCGCUCUCCUGCACCCAUGUCAUUGAGGAAGACCAGAGGGGCUGAAAGGGAGCAAGGGCCCUCCACGCUUUUCGAAAACCACUCCCAGCUCUGCUCAGGAAAACUGCUGCCACCUCAGGGUUGAGGCUGACAGCUCAUUCUCAGGGGUCAGAGGGGUCGGCAGCACUUGGUGUUAAUGCCACACAGUGAGUCCCAGACAGAAAAAGCACAUGCUUUCCCCUUCACGACUUCACUGUUUAAAGGAACUAGUGAAAGCAGUCUGUUCAACACAAAAGGCCCUGGCUUCUGCCUCAGAGCUGCUCCUCCGACUGGAACCCAUCUGCUGACACUGACAUACAGGACCUCUGGUUUCCUGGCCCUGCUUUCCUUGCUUAUAGAUGAGACCAAGGCCAGCUGCAGUGCAACACAGCCAGCUGGUGCAACUCAGGAGCCUUACCUGGGGUGCUCUACAGCCAAGUGGCUUGCCUGCUCACACUGGGAGCUGCGUUAACCUGCCUAGGCCAUGCAUGAGACGUAGGGUCCAAUUCCCACUGCAGGAUCAGAAGCUGGGUCUGGGACAGUGGUUCAGGCAGCUCCUGGUUGCGCACACUGAGAUACCAAAGCCAGCCGCCAGGCAGCAAAUCUCAGACAGAUGCCCCUUGAUGCUCCAUGCUGGUGUCUCUGAAGGGGCAGCCUCGUCUGGGCGGGUGUGAACUCCGAAGCUGGACACAGCUGCGGUGGAACCAGAGUUCAGACUAGAAAGCAUUGCUCCCGGGAAUCUACAUUGCCCUCAGAGGGCAGUGUGGCCAUUUCAGACAGGAGAACCCUGCUAUUACUGUCACUUGUAAAACAGAACGUAAACAGUCUAUGAAUGUAUUUCCUUAAGGAAGCCGUUGUAAAAAUUUUUAUUAGGAGGUUAUCUAUUUAUGUAAUACUGAACUUUGGCCUACUUUGUGGUACUGUAAUGUACACAAUUUAGAAAAUUGCUAUUUCUCUUCUGUAGUCUUCCUGAAAAUAAUUGUUACAGUGUUCAUUGUACUGUAUAUAUCACUCAUCUAUUACGAAAGGAAAUUUAAAGAAUUUCGUCCAAUCAAA